AUGAUAAACCAGCUCCUAAAAACGUUGCCCUCGGAGGACAAUGAAGGUAACGCUACGGAAUCCAACGAGGAAAUCAUUUUCAAACCAAGUAGUAAUUUUCGAAACCAAUUAGAAGUCGGCUGUUCGGUAUCGGUUCGUUCUUCAGAAGUCUCACGGAUAUCUUCCAUGAACGUCACAUCAAAUUUAAAGAAAGAAUCACCGACUGAUGAAAAUCUUCGUUUACUUCAACAAAUCAGAAGAAAUGAUUUCAUAGGCGCGUUAGAUUUCCAAAUUGUGUACUUGUCGGAUAGCAUACUUACUGUCCUGAAAAUUGCUGUAAUGAGUAUUGAUUGCGAAUACGCAAUGAGACAGGCGGACAAGACAAUAAGCCUUAUCCACGCAUGCCCUCUGUAUCGUGAAAGCACGGAAUUAAAAAAUGAGACCCUUCAAUUCCUGUGGCAAAUAUCGUACACACAGCUUGAAGAUACAAAAUCAGUUCAUUAUGUAUUGAACUACAACUUUGUUCGUAACUGUUUCUACUUCGUAUUAACUUAUUUGGUGAUCAUGGUACAAUUGAGUCAAAACUUGAUUUAACGUGAUUACAUAAAUAGAUGUACAGUUUGAAAAUAAAAUACCACUGUUAGAAUGUUAAGAACAUAAAAAAGGUUCCAAUCGAAUAUUACUCUUCGUUGAGUUUUAUGUGUUUGCACAUUGAAAUAUU